ACCAAUCGCCGCAGCCUGAGCUGCCAGACCACCCAAUCAACGUGCACGGUGGGCGGGUUUCUAAGACAUCAAUGUUGUUUUGUCAAAGCGAAGGGGAUCCGGAUGCUGAUUUUGCUGUGACAUUGCAGUAGCAGCAGCAGCACAGGCAAAGCCCAGAGUACCGUGUUUGAGAAUGAAUCCUGCACACAUCAAAGAGGAGGACAGUCCUGAGCAAGACUGGUUCCUGUCCCAAACGGAGGACGGGGAGCGUUCUCCCGAACUGGAAUCCGAGGAUCCCGAACUGGAAUCCGAAACGGGCCCGUUCGGGGGAUCCUCGAACGAGGGCGUCCCGGAAAUAAUCUGCAUCAAAGAAGAGGACUCGGAGCCCGAAAACGCGGUUGAACCCUCGCGGACCCUGCUGCGCUCUCUGCAGGACCGCCCUGCUCCCUACGCCCCCCAGCGCCCCAAAACCCUCACCCCCCGGGAACGCAAGCGCAAAUUCACCCGACGGGAGCUGAGCGUGAUCGUCCAGGGGGUGCUGGCGAAGACGGAGGCGCUGUUUGGGAAGAACAAGGAGGCCCUGGCGGUGAGGAAGAGGGUCUGGCAGGACAUGGCGAACCAGGUGAACGCGCUGGGAGGCCCUUGCAAGAGGACCUGGCACGACGUGCAGAAAAGGUUCUACAUGUACCGCAUGGGGGUCAAGCAGAAGGCGCUGGCUCUCCGGUCGGCUCAGAGGGGAGGGGGGGGCGCCAGGGACCCCCCCGGCCAGGAUCUGACCCCCAUGACCCUGGAGGAGGUGCGGAUUCUGGCGACGUGGAGCGCCAGCGCGCUGGAGAAGGGGCGCGACUGCAGCGGCAGGGAACAACCGUUCCCCCAGGCUGCCUCCUCAUCCUCCACCUUCCUUCGCCUGCCCGCUCCGCCUCUCCAUCGCCCAGACCCGGAAGCAGAGGAAGAGAGCUUCCCUAGCAACAGCAGAACCCCCCCAGGCAUGGCCCCGCCCCCUCCAGCACCGUCAUCGACCCCCCAACCCAGACCCUGCCCGCGGGGAGCUGGGGUCCCCCAGAAGACCUCACACCACCACCUCAGGGGCCCUCCUUCCACAGGCUGCGGCAGACUCUACAGCCCCCUCCCCUCCCAAACCGCCCCCCACCCCCCGUCCGGCCUGCACCCCUCGAUCGGGAGCCGGCCCCCCCCCCGCUCCCCCUCUCAGACCCGCGGGCCUCCAGCCUCCCUCCCAGCCCUCCCUGGACGCCCUGACCCAGGUCCAGGCGUCUCUCUCGCAGCUGCUGCAGGGGCAAGUGGAGCAGGCCCGUGGGGCAGCGCUGAUGCAGCAGCGCAUGGAAGGACACAUGGCUUCCAUGGCCAACUCCGUGGCCGUUCUGGCUGCCGUCCUGCCCGACGUGGUGCGGGCCCUCGAGGGCCUGGGGGCCACCAUGGGGAAGCUGGCCGGGGGGCUGCUGUCUGUUUCCCCUCCCCUUCCCCCCGCUGCUGCUGUGCCCCCACAAGUGUCUUCCUCUGGGCAAUCAGGAGGGCCCAGGACGGGUUAUUCAGCUGCUAAAGACUCUGAGUUUCGCUCUGUCCAGCAGUAGGUUGUUUUUUUGUUACAUAUAUAUAUAGAUGACAAAAUAGUGUUGAAUUGAAAUCAGGGGAAGUAAUGUUAAAACUUUACAAUGCAUUAGUAAGACCUCACCUAGAAUAUUGUGUUCAGUUCUGGUCACCUCGUUACAAAAAGGAUAUUGCUGCUCUAGAAAGAGUGCAAAGAAGAGCAACCAGAAUUAUCCCGGGUUUAAAAGGCAUGUUGUAUGCAGACAGGCUAAAAGAAUUGAAUCUAUUCAGUCUUGAACAAAGAAGACUACGCGGCGAUCUGAUUCAAGCAUUCAAAAUCCUAAAAGGUAUAGACAAUGUCGACCCAGGGGACCUGAAAAAAGAAACAAGGACCAGGGGAAUGGAGAUUAGAUAAAGGGGCAUUCAGAACAGAAAAUAGGAGGUACUUUUUUUACACAGAGAAUUGUGAGGGUCUGGAACCAACUCCCCAGUAAUGUUGUUGAAGCUGACACCCUGGGAUCCUUCAAGAAGCUGCUUGAUGAGAUUCUGGGAUCAAUAAAGCUACUAACUUAUUUUAUGUAUCUCAAACAAAUGAAGCUGAAGCUCUAACGGAUAACGACACAGAACGUCUACAGCACUGAAACACUGUUUAAAAAAACCCCAACUGUACUGCUGAACCUCGUCUUCUUUAAUAUUAGCAUCACAAGGGCAUCCGUGGAUUAUAAAAAAUAAGAGAUGUGCCUCUUCAGUGAGUUACAGGAAAACAAUUCCAUCUCGGGUUUCUGUGACAGUUUAGAAACUCCACCCAUCGCUCUCGUAGUUUAUGACAUCACAGAAACCCUAGAUGGAAUUAUUUUCCUGUAACUCACUGAAGCCCAUCUAUCUGUCUAGCUAUACACUCUGUUUGCAUUUCUAUCUAUCUAUCUAUCUAUCUAUCUAUCUAUCUAUCUAUCUAUCUAUCUAUCUAUAUGUCUAUCAGAUUGAUUUAGAAUGUAUCAAAUUACUUAAAUAAUAAUUUUCCUGUAACUCACUGAAGCCCAACUAUUAUAUAUUAUAAACAGUAAAGUGCUCUUGUUAACUUUAACAUAAAGCAGCAGUGUGGAGUAGUGGUUAGGGCUCUGGACUCUUGACCGGAGGGUCGUGGGUUCAAUCCCAGGUGGGGGACACUGCUGCUGUACCCUUGAGCAAGGUACUUUACCUAGAUUGCUCCAGUAAAAACCCAACUGUAUAAAUGGGGAAUUGUAUGUAAAAAUAAUGUAAUUGUAUGUAAAAAUAAUGCGAUAUCUUGUAACAAUUGUAAGUCGCCCUGGAUAAGGGUGUCUGCUAAGAAAUAAAUAAUAAUAAUAAUAAUAAUAAUAAUAAACUAGUCUAUUUUCACUUCUCUUAGUGUGAUCUGGGUUUGGUUUGUUUAGAUUUAAAAGAUUAUGAAUAAUGUUUGUUUUUUUUUUCCCCUUGGGCGCACUCUGUAGCUCUCUCUUCACAUAUGCUAACCAUGUGAUAUUAUAAAACUGACAUGAUGAUGAUGAUGAUGAUGUGUUCCUGUAAUCAAAAUAAAUCUCGGCAUUCAUUGGCUGUGGAUUUGAUUUGCUUGGACAUUAUGUGGGCAAGGUUUCAGCACACAUGCUGAGUCCAGAGCCCUAACC